AAGCAGAACAACGAAGCUCCAUCAACACCACGAAAAAGGCUCGUCGGAACCAACACCACUACCGCACCGCUAUCCAUCAUCAACGUCAACAUCAACCAUUGUCCAUCAAACCAAACACCCUACAGCGCACUCUUCCUUAACUCAAGAUGGUAAGUCUCUUAUCCUCUCAGCCCUGACACCCAUAUCAUAUCACCGCCUCCCAUGGCCGUCUCCUUCAGCCUCGUCUUGCUAACCACCCUCAGGCCAUGCGCAUCGCACCCCCCUCUUCCCAUACCACCUCCCACUCUCACUUGCAACCAAAGUCUCUGGGGGCUCCUUCAGUGCCAGGUCUUCAUGAUACUCUCCGCGCCGGUGUGGGACCAACCACCUCCACCUCGCUCACCAGCGCCCCCGACUCCUCGCAUCCUUUGGAAUCUCGAUUGAAGAAUUGGGAGGCCACACAGGAAGCAUUGAAGAUGGAAGGUCUCAGACGUACCUUUGGGAUUGCAGAGCCAAUUCGUCGGGGUAUGGAGUUGAAGGUUGUGAGAGAUGGCAGCUGGAGACCAGCCGUUUUAGGAGGUUCGGCUAGAGGUAUGUGUGGAUUGUGGUCCCCACGUGGCUUGAUGAUAAAAUACUAACCUCCAUCAGGUGGUGUGCACGAAGAUAUUCUUCGCGGAAGAGACUGCGAGUUGGCAUGGGAAGACGUCUUCCAAGGUGAUGAGAUGAGAAAUGUUCCAGGAUUCCAUGAAGAACUCGAGAGAAAGGUUCGGAUGUAAUGGGACAGCGACUAGGACAUUUGCGGUGGAAGAAGCAC